AUGAUUGAAAAGUACAGUAAGUCCAUCCCUGAACAGAUUCAACACAUCAGAGAUCUGGAAGGUGAACUUGAUGAAGACCAGAAGGAAUCCAAGGGUUUAUUUCAUUUGGGAGAAACUCCAAUUCAAGCCCUUGGGAAGGUGGAGGCAGCAUCGUCUCCUUCUCCUUCUGACUCUUCAGAGAAGAACAUGGCCAAUGAUCACAUAGACGGUAAGGCUGUCGAGCUGGAUCAAAACAAAAUUUCUCCGAUCCCCAUAGAAGAGAUGAAACAUGAGGGUAUAAAGGAAAGAAAAUCUGAUACCCCCUCCGUGAAGCGAAAACUGACGAAGGCCAAUGUGCGUAGAAUGCACACAGCUUCAAAGCUAAAUGGAGUGAUUCUUUCCCGAAGUCAUGAGGCCCAAUUGGUAGUCUUGAACUUGCCUGAGCCUCCGAAGGCCAUCAAGAGAAACUCGGACUUGAAUUACAUGGAGUUCUUGGAGGUCUUGACAGAAGGCCUGGAGAGAGUGUUGAUGGCACGUGGUAGCGGGCGGGAAAUGAUCACCAUCUACUCGUAA